UAGGCCGACUUUCGGGAGAUAAGCCAAAUCCAGUCGUCCUCAUCCGACCAUAAAAGCGCAUGCUCAACAGGGGUCCGAUUCGAUCUUCUAAACGUACAGGGCACACUGCAAAAGAAUGUCAUCAGCUCACGAAACCAGUCCCCUUCUUCAGGGCGAGUCGAAUGGCGGCCUUGUCGCCACCUAUGAAGCCGUCGCAGACGAAACAAGUGGUACACAAGCAACAUCAACUCCACCGCUGACCGCCUUCCUUUUGUGGUCGCUGUGGCUUGACUCCAUCCCAGGCAGGUAACUCUCGUCUGGAAAAACUCAUUUUAUUCAACGUUUAUGUUCUAGUCAUCCUCUCCUACAUCCUCCAAAAUUCCAUCCAGACGGUCUCCGUUUUGAUUGCAGGGCGCUUGGGCCCCGAUGAACUCUCGGUGUCGGCAUUCUCGCUGAUGCUUGCCUUCGUCUCUGGCUAGUGCGCUUUCUCCUGACGCGAGAGAAGUGAUCCCACGUUCAUCUGCAGGAUGGUGCGUUGCGCUUGGCGGUACCACGGCGCUGGACACGCUCGGCUCGCAAGCGUUCACGGGCGGACGCGCGAAAGACUUGUCGGUCCACUUCCAGCGCUGCAUCGCCAUCCUCUGGGUCCUGUUCAUUCCCGUCGCUGUUCUGUGGUGGUUCAUCGAGCCAGUCCUGCUCGGCCUCGGGCAGUCGGCUUCGUUGAGCCACGACGUGCAGACGUUCCUCAGGGUGCUCAUACUCGGGGCGCCGGGUUACAUCGGUGAGAGUCGAUUCAGAUGAGCCACCCGGUCGUCGAGACUGACAGCGGCUAGGAUUCGAGAGCUUGAAGAAGUACUUGCAGUGUCAAGGUAUCAUGGGUGCAUCGACCGCAGUCUUGGUGCUCGUAUUUCCUAUCAACGUCGGGCUUAACAUCGCCCUGAUACAUCACACGUCGCUGGGGAUUCUGGGGUCGCCCCUGGCCUUGUCGAUCACAUACUGGCUCUGCUUCGCCCUGCUCGUGAUCUGGACUUGGCGGUCGCCUGUGCACGCGCAAAACAAGACAUGGGCCGGCUUCCAACCAUCGGCCGUCUUCAACCUCCGAAGCUGCUAUCUCUUCUUGCAGCUCGCCAUUCCUGGAAUUCUGAUGGUCGGCACAGAGUGGGCUGCGUUUGAGAUUGUGGCUCUGGCCGCCGGUCGCCUCGGUGCUAUUCCCUUGGCGGCUCAGUCCGUGAUCAUGACCACAGAUCAGAUUCUGAAUACCGUUCCAUUCGGAAUCGGGGUCGCAGCGUCGGCUCGUGUCGGCAACUUGAUUGGCGCGCGUUCACCAGCUGGCGCGAAGCAUGCAGCCCAUGCUUCUGCUGCGGUAAGCGUCGUUGUCGGCGUGUUGGUCAUGACAGUGAUGAUGGCCACGAAAAACGUGUACGGAUACUUAUUCAGCGACGACACGGAUGUCGUCCACCUUGUCGCCCAAGUGAUGCCGCUGGUGGCAUCGUUCCAAGUGGCAGAUGGCCUGGCUGGCUCUUGUGGAGGUGUUUUGCGGGGCCAGGGUCGACAACAUCUCGGAGCGCUGUUCAACUGUGUCGCAUACUACGUGCUCGCCCUUCCGUUCGGAAUCACGCUGGCGUUCCAUCCGCGAACGCAACUAGGGUUACAGGGUCUCUGGAUUGGCCAGGUCGUCGCGCUGUUCAUCGUCGGUCUUGGAGAGUAUUACGUAGUGUGGAAAAGCGAUUGGGAUCUCGAGGUGCGGCGUGGGAUAGAGAGAAACGAGCAGGAGGGGAAAAGCGCAGUGCCUACGAGUUAGGCAGGAAUGACUAGAAGUAAAUAUACUCGAGUAGACACAUGACCAGAUCAGAGUCCAGACAGAUUUGUACAAAGUACAAGAGCAAUGGAGGGCAGCACAAAAGAUCGACGCUAGCAAUGCAGAUGUAGAAUUGACGCGGAGGGCAAGUUAACGAGUACGGCAGUUGCUUAUGACGUCCCGAACGCGGCCUUGUAUAACUUGCUGGUGGGACUCUGUAGGAAGAAGCAGGAGUUUGGUCAGCUUUGUUCGUUGAUCUGAUUCUAUUUCGGGACCAGGGAGACUGUGACGGACACGUAGGUUCAG